UUAACAGAACCGAGAGGCUGCCGUCGUUUUAUAAACUAUAAUAAAAACUAAAAUAAAUCACAUCACAUUUCUUUACUCUGGAGGAAGCACCUUUUUGUUUUGUUUAUAUUAUUUCAUGUGAAGUGAAACCCUAACACUAACCAUAACCCUAACCCUGACCCUAACCCUAAUGUAGAAAUGAGUUCACCUUUUUCUGAACAAUUACAGAGCAUCAAGCUGGUUUAUGAUAAUAAGUUAUAGAUGAGAUUUGAUCAGAUACUCUGUGUUUAAAGAAUAAAACUCAUUUCAGCUGCUGGGAAAAGAUCAUUUUCUACAAGGAAAAGAUGAAUUAUUCCAUCAUGGAGCCCCGGAACGCUGGGACGACUUCAUGCCGAGUUCAGCCGAUCGUCGCCACGUAUAAUCUACGUGUUUCAGGCCUUUUCCCACACAAAAAUCCUCAGCAGUCUUUGGAAAACCAUAAAACUUCCUUCUUUACUUCCAGCCAAUUAGCAUUGUUCCCUUUCAUCCAGGGCGACUCGGUGAAGCUCGGAAAACACUUGACUUUUCCAGUGGUUUUAUGUGGACUGGCCUCUUAGAAAGAGUGGCUGUGUUUUAGUCUCUAGUCUGGGCGCAGGUCGCCGUCCGGAUGCAUCCUCAUAUCCGUUUGAGGUUGGUUUGGAGUUUUGGAGCAUUGUCAGGAACGGGAUUUUCCUUCUAAGCAUCUAGUUUUUGUUUGAGUUGAAAGGAUUGAGUGAAUGUUUGGUUUCCUGCCACUGAGCUGGUUGUCAGUAAUGCACCUCUGUCCUGUCUCUUUAUUCCGACUCCAUCAUUCAUGAUUGUUUGUAGAAUGUUCUCUUUCCUGUUUGGACCAAUUGUCUUGCACCACUUUUUCAGGGUCCUCCUGGACGAGCCGGCUUUCCGGUAACUGUCUGAACUUAUGUCUGUGUGUCUUGCAUGAGUUGGUCUCCACUGCCGUGCUGAUCUCUGCCUGCCCUCUGCUCACAAACUCAUCAACAGUAGUCCACAAACAACACGUUAGAAUAUGAAGCAAAGUCGUGCAACUUGUUAGAAAAGCACUUGUCGCAUAGACUAAUGAGCAAUUCCUCAUCACCUGGAUUAGGAUUAGGCUUUUUGGAUCUUUGGACAGAAUUUAUCCAGUGAUUCUGUAUUUUUCUCACAGACGUCUGAUACUCUAACUCACGUGUAAAGUUUGAUCUUCUGUAUAUUUCAAACAUUCAGAUUCACCAGGUAGACAACAACGUCACAUUUAAGUCUCAGACCUUUCAUGUAUUUUUACUAAAAUAUUACAGUUCGCUAAUAUCAUUAAAAGGUGUGCUGAGGUUAGGACCCAGACGCAGGAGAGCAGCUGCAGCCAGAUGAAGUUAAAUGAUGGUUUAUUAACUCCUUCACUGCCAUUGACGACUAAAGUUGUCAUGUGUAUGUUUUUACUGUGUGGGCGUCGGACGAGCCCCCGCACCGUGAGAACAAACAUCUCAGCUCUGAAGCCGAUCUUCAUCUGCAUACGUCACACAUCACGUGAUCAGGAAGCAGAACAUCCAUGUGUUAGGAGAUCGUUUCGGGCCGCUGCUGUAAAAAAAAGUGAGGCGUGAACCAGAAAAGUGUCUGCCGAUCACAAUUCAACAACGGAUUAUGAAAGAACGGAUAACGCUCGAAACACGCAGAUUCUUCCUGAUAUAAGAGGUGAGUCUCCGCUUUGUUUUGUUAGUUUUGGCGUCGACGUCAUCUAAGCGUGCAACUUUCUGUGACACUUAAAAAAAACAGUAAAAACAUCGAGAAACGCUGGCAGCGAAUGAGUUAAAUGUGUCCAUCACUGAAAAUAAAACAUUUUUAAUGAUUAUCAUUCUAUUUCUGAUUCUAACGGGUCACUCUGAGGCUGAACAUGAAAAUAGUCUCCUACACCUAUCUCCUGCAUUAGCUUCUGACAGAAAAGAGACGGUGAAACUCUAGGAUUAGAAAAGCCAGACAGAUCUAUGCCACACUGUCACUUAAAGGGAUAUUCCACCCCUAAGUGAAAAUGUGUCUAUUUCUGUAUUCUCCAGUUAGAUACGUGAGAAAAAAGCAUUUUGUAAGAAAAUGAAGAAAAUAAAAGUUUUACAAGUCUUACAGCUUCUCUUCUUGGCUUUGGUACGAGACGCCUCGGUCAGCUAUGAACGCAGGCUCUAAACCUUUAAAAGUCACUUUUAUCACAUUUAUGGAAUAAAUUAUUACGUCUACAAUGUUUUACCAUAAAUCCCAACAAUGCAUUUGCAAAUAUACAUUUCGGGCAUGUUCUGCUGGCAGGAGGCCCCGUGUCGACCCAGGACACGUUGGAGAGGUUACAUCUCCAAUCUAGUCUGGGAACACCUUGUGGUCCUGCCAGAGGAGCUGGUGGAGGUGGUUGGGGAGAGGACGGUCUGGAGCUCCCUAGUUGGGAUGCCGCCUCCGCGACCCGGACCCGGAUAGGCAGAGGAAGAUGACGACGACAUUUAAUUAAAGAAUAUCCAAAUCUAAAUGUUUAGAAUAAGUGUUUUUAUAAACGUGGAGGCUUCUGUCAAUGCAGCUCAGGAUAGGUGUGUGUGUGUGUGUGUGUGUGUGUGUGUGUGUGUGUGUGUGUGUGUGUGUGUGUGUGUGUGUGUGUGUGUGUGUGUGUGUGUGUGUGUAUUCAGACAUAAUUGACUUACAGAAGCAGAGUUGGCUAACAUCUGGGUUCUUCCUGAAGACUGAUUCAUGAUCCGUGCUUCGACAUACUAAAUAUUUACCGUAAUUUCCGGACUAUAGAGUGCACGUCAAUAUAAGCCGCUCCGGGCUAAAAGCCGCAGAUAUCUACUGAAUUGAAAACGUAGUUUAACUGAACGUAGCUGAACUGAUCAGUAUCAAACAAAACAGAAAAUUUAUUGAUUAGUUUAUUCAUCUUCCUCCUGCGCACUGAAACCACUGAAGUCAUCUUCUGUGUCGCAGUUGAACAGCCUCAGAAGAGCUUCUCACACACCUUUUCUGUGGUGAUGUCAGUGUCGCUCUCCGUGUUGCUGUCAUCAUCCCGGGGUGAAGCUGGGAAAACAAGCAGCGCCGUUUUACUGUGAAAAAAAAUCCUCCUGGGUGCUUUCCGUAGCACUCCUUUAACCAUUCCUCCAUUAGACUUUCCAACAUCCAUCGUGUCUGGUUGACUAAAGCUGCACCUCAUUAUAAGCUGCAUGGUUCAAAGCGUGGGAAAAGUAGUGGCUUAUUGUCCGGAAAAUACGGUAGUUCAAAACAUUCAGGUGCUUUUUCUGACUUGAUUUUAAAUAUUUAGUCAAACUGAAUUUAAUUCUAAACAAGUUUAAGAUUUGAAUGUAGUCAGUUUAUUCUAAAACUAAGGGUGAGGAUCCAAACGCAGGUGAGUAAGCUUCUGGGAGGCUGCGGAGAAGGUAAAAGUCUCGUUUGUGAAAGGGGUCAGGAUCAGCAGGAGUGAACGACGGCAAACAGAACCGAACAAGCAGGGUUAGAUACAUGAAGAUAAUCAGAGACAGCUGGGUGGAAACCAUCAAGGGCAGGUGACAUCAGGUACCAGGACGGGGCUGGGGAACAGAUCCGGACAAACGUGUUCAACUUGAAAUUUAGAUUUAAUCAUAGUUUUAACAUUUUUGACUGAAGUAUUAUUAAUAAUUACAUUUAGAUUCAUCCUUCUAGCCUUUUGUUCUGUGGACCAGAUGCUUUGUUGGACCGGGUCGAGUUGAAGCUGUGUUUGACUCUAGUCACUUUAGUCGCUCUGAAAAAAAAUGCCUCUGUUUUGUCUUCACACACCUUUUUGUGCAACCCUGCUCACUGUUUGAGUUAACAUCACUGUCACAUGUUUAUUCUAAUACUAACAAACUGCUUGUUUUGAGCAUCAGAUACAACAAGUCUGUUUUAAUUUUAUUUUAUUAUUUCUGUAAAAUCAGAUUCUUUCCAUCACUGGAGAGGAAAUCCACAUGGCAACAGAAGGGGAAGAAAACAUGAGAUCAUGGAUUUAAUGAGGAUGUGGGUUUUGGAAGGAGGGUCUUUAUAAUCAGCAAUCAGUGUUAUUUCUUAUAUGUGGUUAUUUCAGAGCCUGGUGUCUCAUUUAUCAAACAUUGCGUAGAAUCCUUACUAAAACCGUACUUAAGCUCAGCAAAAAACAUAUACUUACGCCAAGCAGGUUUGUGAUCUAUCAAACAUGGAGUACGCAUAGCUGCACGCAAUCUCCGCUUCAUAAAUCAGGGACUAUCUAGAAAGGUUCUCAGCUGCUUUUUAGUCACAUCCUGCCCUCAAUGCAAAGUGCCUUGUGGAUCUCAUGCAUAUACAUAAGCCGGCUGUUGCAGCGCUCCACCAAUGACAUGGGGACCGUAGAUCAAGGCAGAUCAAGGAAGCGCUAUUUCACAGAAGCAGAAGUUGAGGUACUUGUGGGUGAGGUGGAGAAAUGAAAGGAAGUUCCUUUGCAACACAAAUAAGAGAAAAUCCACGGAGUGGCACAGCGUUGCUGAAGCCGUCAAUGUUGUGAACUCUUCAGAGAGAUCUGUGGCGGAUAUAGAAAAUGUUCCAAUCAGGAUUCGAUCCCCAGACUCCCAGGUGAAAGUCACACGCACUAACCAGCCACCCAAAUGGAGAUCUUCCUCGUACAAGUAGCCAGGGCGCAUGAUCACACACACUGUCACAGACACAUGACAUUCUGUCUCAAUCUCUCCCCCUGCUGAUAUUCAGCAUUCUGUAUUCUGGCUUCAGGCUGUGUGUGUGUGUGUGUGUGUGUGUGUGUGUGUGUGUGUGUGUGUGUGUGUGUGUGUGUGUGUGUGUGUGUGUGUGUGUGUGUGUGUGUGUGUGUGUGUGUGUGUGUGUGUGUGUGUGCGUGUGGGGGGUCUUGUUCUGUGUGAAAACGAAGCGGUACAAGUGAUAAUGCUGCAGGAUUUCAUAAUUGUAUCUUCUCAGCAGCAGCACUGCAGGUGCUCUCCAUGUCCAACAUGUGUGUAAGCCAGGUCCUUAGUCAACUUAAAGUUGCGCACAUUUUUCCGCUAAGUUUUCUUUCAUAAAUCCCAAAGUUUGCUUGGACCCCUUUUUGUGUGUAAGCAAGCUUGAUAAAUGAGGUCCCAGGCUUGUUAGUCUUCUAGAGCCAGAGAAGAUUUGCUGCUCCAUCAUGAUGGAUGAUCUCUGCUCUUCACGCGUUUAACCAGCAGACAGAACUUCUACUGCUCCACCUGCUCCCAGAUUCAGCAUCCUCUAUCGGCUCAGAUAAAAAAAACUAUUUAUUUGUUCAUGAUCAGAUAUUAAAGCAACACGAUGCAGCUUCUUUCAGAUACAGAGGGCUUGACUCGUAGAGCGAACAUCAGGAUGAAUCAGGCUUUUACCUGCAGAAUGAUUUUAAAUGUUAGUCUGAAUAAAGUCUGAAAACUGGUGGCUGAUGUUGUGGAUCUGAAAUCGUUCAGCAGUGCGGGAAGCAUUUAGUGGUUUCAGCAAAUAAUCACGUUGAGUGCUUUAGUUAAAUGGACCUUUGGCGGUUCCAGAUCCUCCAGGGUUAAAUCAGGACCUUGGACAGAGCAUCAAAGAGUGCCGCUCUGCGAGUCUUUAAUAACUUCACCACAAACUAACGAGAGAGCAGAAAUGCCUCACAUCUGAUGGAGCUGACUCCACACACCAGGGCAGAAUCAGAGAAACCCGCUUCUAACCAUCCUUCACACAGAAAUGUGUUUGUAUUGUUGCUGCUGCUUCGGCAAUCUCUGCUUUUGUCUGAUCUGUGAAAGAAGAACCACUCCUAACUGUCUCUGUCAUGCCGACCAUCACUAACCCUGCUGCUCCUUCAAAGGAUACCAUGACACCAGCUCAUUUACAAGCUCUGAUUAUCCUGCAUGGACGUCUGAUUCCCAGAUUUAAAACAUUUCUAACCGAUCCGUGUUCCUCUUGUGUCCCGUGACUUUUAUCAUUAAAACCCACCAGAGAUCUGAUUGAAUUAAAAACUCCAUUUCGAUGACAUGAAGCUUGUAAAUGAGUCGGAGCCUGAGGAUCACUGUGUCCUUUUAGGACUCGUCCUGUAGUUGAACGGUCUUACUGAUAACAUAUUCCUAACCUAUAGGGGGACAAAGGAAGUAUGGGAAUUCCUGGAAGAAUGGCCUUAAAAGGACCAGCAGGGGAGAAGGGGGCACCAGGUGAGCCCGGUCUGUCCAUCAUUGGACCAAGAGGACCUCCUGGACAACCCGGAACUAGAGGAUUCCCGGGAUUUCCAGGUCCCAUCGGGUUGGACGGCAAGCCAGGACUAAACGGACAGAAGGGAGAUGCGGGUCAACGUGGUCCUAAAGGAAUGCCAGGGGAACCAGGGCCCAAAGGAGAGAAGGGAGUCUGUGGGGACUACACACACCGGAAGCGGCGUAUUGUCCAGCCCUGUGCCGGACAGCUGGCCUCAAUGUUGCCCAUCUCCAUGCGCAACAUGCCCUCAAUAAGCCCUCUAAUCCUAAAACGCCUAAAGCAGGGUGAGCCUGGUGUGCAGGGACCGCCAGGACCUCCAGGACCCCCUGGUAACCCAGGUCUGGAUGGAGUUAGUGGUCUCCCGGGUAAACCAGGAGAACCUGGAAAACCAGGGAAAGAUCCAAGACUUUUACCAGGACUAAAGGGAGAACCAGGAGUUCCAGGACUAAAGGGAGAGAAAGGAGACCAAGGAAUGAAGGGCCAGACGGGAAUUCCUGGAACGCCUGGUAUCCCUGGCAUUCCUGGCAAGAGGGGCUAUCGGGGGGAGAAGGGAGAGCCGAGCUCUGCAGCUAAAGGAGUUAAAGGUGAACCAGGUUCUCCAGGACUUCCAGGACUAACAGGACCCAAGGGUGAAAAAGGAGAGAAGGGGCAGGAGGGUUCUGAUGGUCCAGCUGGUCCGAGAGGUCCCCCAGGCCCAACUGGAGAGCCAGGAAGGGCUGAAAUCCUGAACGAUGAAAAUGAUAUCCGUAACAUCCCUCUCAUGGGUCCUCCAGGAUUACCCGGACCUCCAGGGCCUCCUGGAGUGCCUGGUUCCAAGGGUGAAGUUGGUCUGCCAGGCCCUCCAGGGCUGGAUGGAGAAAAGGGACCCAGAGGGAAGCCUGGAGAGCCCGGUCCUCCAGGCCCAUUUGGUCCAGAGGGUCCCAGAGGAGAAGGUGGUGUCAUGGGCUUUCCGGGACCUAAAGGAGACAAAGGAGACGUGGGUCCAUCAGGAUCACCGGGUUUAGAUGGUCCUACAGGUGAGAAGGGCUCUAAAGGGUCUUCUGGCCCAAUCGGAUCACCCGGCCUAAUGGGUCCUAAAGGUGAACCAGGGGAUGGGGGACGAGCAGAAAUGAUCUACGGUCCUCCUGGACCUCCAGGGCCUCCAGGACCUGUUGGACCAGUCGGAUCUCAAGGAGCUUCUGGGCCGAAGGGAGAACCGGGAAUCGGGAUGAAAGGAGAGAAGGGAGCGUCGGGUCACAAAGGUGAUAAAGGAGACCGAGGUCAUCUUGGACUUCCUGGGGCUCAUGGGUUAGACGGCAGACCCGGUCCAGUGGGUCUAAUAGGACCAGCAGGUGUACCCGGGCCCGCCGGACCAAAAGGAGAGAGGGGUGAAAAGGGUGAUGCAGGACUACCAGGACCAAUCGGGCCACAGGGCAUCCCUGGUUUAGUGGGACCACAAGGCUUUAAAGGAAAUCGGGGAGAGAGGGGCAAGAAAGGCGGCAGGGGGGCCAAAGGGGAUAAGGGAGACCAAGGAGCACCUGGAUUAGAUGCCCCCUGUCCGUUGGGCGAAGACGGCUUGCCUGUCCCGGGAUGCUGGAAUAAAGGCCAACAUCCUUUCCAGCUGGCUAAGAGGUAGAGCUGCAGAAAGCUUCUCCAUGAAGCCACAGAGAGGAAACUUGAAGAUAUCUGAGACACCUUUGAGUUUAGAUUCCAACCUGGAGAUGGCAUUUCAGCAUUUUUCCCGGGAGGCAGCAGGACACAGGGCCAGUAGCACGUCUCUGGUAGCCAUAAGCAAAAACACUGGUAGGAUGAGACAUCAUCAUCAGCAGCGGGUCAUCUGACCCCUCUAAUGGACGACCUCCACCAGGAAGUCCCAGCCGGAGAGAUUUUAUUACCCAGUUUUAUAAAACACGACUAACUGUGAUAAAGACUUCAGAGCAGCUCACAGAGGCCAGAUGUUCAGAUGACACACACACACAUUCACACAUGCACACACACGCACACAGACACACAUUCACGCAUGCACACACACACACACACACACACACACACACACACACACACACACACACACACACACACAGAUUCUCAAACAUGAACACAAACACACAUACACACACACAUACACACAUGCACACACACACACACACACACACAUACACACACACACACACACACACACACACACACACACACUCACAGAUACUUAGACAUGCACACAUACACACAC